GGCGGCGGCAGAUUGAGGGGACGAGAUGGUCUUGACCGGGCUCAUCAAGAAGCUAGGUCAUCAGCUGGCUGAGAUCAGGGAACGCGCUCUCAAGAGUAUUCUCAGCAAGGUUGAGCACAACUUAAUCUGCUACGCUGAUCUAAUUCAGGAGAGGCUACUUUUUCUGCAUUUGCUAGAAUGGUUCAAUUUCCCAUCUGUUCCAAUGAAAGAAGAGGUUCUGAACCUGUUAAACAGAUUGGUUAAGUCAGGUUGGGGUCCAGAAUUAUCAAAACAACCUGAAAUCUUAACAGGAUAUUUUCCCCAAGACAAAAGUAAUGUUAAACAGAUGGAAGUGCCUCCACGACCAGUGGUAAAUCAGAUUGUGAAGUGUUUGAAGUUUUCUACAUUUCCUUGGCUACCCUUGACUACAACAGAUAGACAUGUUCUCUCCUCUAAUGAAAGCUCUUUAAGAAGUAGUAACCACACUUUAAUCUGGAACACCUGCGAACUAUUGAAGGAUGUUAUCAUGCAAGAUUUUCCUGCUGAGAUUUUCCUUCAAAGGCCCAAAAUCGUUCAAAGCCUUUUAUCUCUGUUGAAACUGGCCUUUGGAGGAGAUGGGAAACAUCGCCUGGCAUUACAGUCAGUGUCCUGCUUGCAGCAGCUGUGUACAUGUUUAAGAAACAGGCUUAACUUUCACCGAGAUCCAGGUUUUUUCUGUAAUAAACAAGACACAGUUUCCCAAAAUUCUUCUUUGUCUUAUUGUCAUGAAGCAAGAGGUACUCAUCAUUCCCAGAAUCCUUCUCCAGGAAGCAGUAGCCCUCGGCCUUCUGUGGUUGGGCGCACAGGCCAGCGACUCAGAGGAGAUGGGCAGGAUUGGGAUGCAGUGUCCUCUAGUGGAAGUAGCAGUCAUGCUCACAUAAACUCUAGGAUAUCUGUCCAUUCACCUUUGGAUAUGGGACACAUAGAUCUACCGGAGCUGGAAACUGAAGACACAUUGGAACUCCAGUUCCAGCAACUCAGUCUUCCCCAGUUCUGUGUCUCCAUUCUGGAAUCAGCAGUUCCUCUCUUAAGAACAGGUAGUAGGCAAAUGAUAAUAAGAGUUCUGGAAUUGCUUGCAGAAGAUAUGAUACUUAUUGGUGAAGCACUUUCAGCAGAUAUCUGGGAUGACAGCAGCCUUUUUGCUAUAGAUAUGAAAGAGAAACUGCUCCUGGUUUUGGGGUCCCUUGGAGAAACCAUGUGCUACCAUAAAAGUAGUGUCAGCUUGGAACAGCCAGAAGUGAUGGUCGUGCACCACAGAAUGGCCUUUAUCAGCAUUUCCCUGUUGGCAGUACGACUAUUACAGAUGCUUCUACCUGUUGAAAAGGCAAGUGAGUUUUUGCCAGAGCCUAUGUCAGCAGCAUUAUUUCUCCUUUCUUUGGACAUGCCUAUUUCUUUGGAAUAUCCAAAUAUUCACGAAGCUGUUGUGGCCUAUUUGGAACAGCUGAAUUCUGAAAACUACAGUAUUUAUAAACGAACUGCAGAGGCCGCUUAUUCAAUUGAAUGUACUUGCAACUUCCUGUCUGACGUUGGAAAGGAGGGAGAGAAGAAUCUCUUAGAAUUAGUGGAGUUGGCAGACCAAGCCUUGCGUAGCUUUUCCUAUCAUCAGCAUUUCCCCUUAAUAAAGGAAAUCAUCUGCAUUUGUUCAAAGAUCUGGAAAUCUGCACAGGCCAGUCCAUUACUGCAAGGAGAAAGUCAGAAGGUGUUUCUACAUAUGUUGUCUCACCCGUUGCCACAAGUGAAAGUUGAAACUUACCGCUGCUGUCUGGAAAUUAUUAAGGAAUGUUUAGGUGUACAUAAUGUCACUAAACCUGUAUCUUCACUUUGUAAUGGAAUUCAUUUUCUACUUCAUCCAAAAGUUCUGUAUGAAAUCUCUGCAUUUGGCAUUCAAGAACCCAAAAGUGAGGUGAAUGCUGCUGCCAAGGCCAUUCUGUUGUAUCUGCUUCAGGGACGAUUGACGAUGACAGCACUGACCUGGAACAAGUUUAUUGAGUCUCUCUGUCCUGUCAUUCCAGUAUUACAGGUAUUCUAUGCCAGAAUUCUCUCCAGAGUUACUAAUUUAUUUAUUGUGAAAAAGCCUAUUGAACUUAAGCUGGAUGACAGAAAAGAACUGGUUAUUAAGUUGGAGACUGUUGAAAAGGUAUAUGAAAUCUUCACCUCAGAUGAUGUUGAUCUUGUUUUGAGAAAGUCAGCCGCAGAACAGUUAGCUGUGAUUAUGCAAGAUAAUAUUAUGAUAUAUUUUAUCUCACUUUGGAGUUGCUGAAAAUAAAAUAACUGUGUAUUUCCUCCUGACCAGGUGAUAGAAUGUUUGAUACAGCCGUGCCUCACACUCUUGAGGAAAGUUUUAUGUGCCGAUCCAAUCAUGCGUGUUUCCCUCUCACAACAAUCUUCUCUCUUGACCCUGUUAUUCAGAGUUUCCUUGAUAUUUCAUGAAGAUUGUACUGUUGUGACUGAAAUCGGAGCAUUAUUUUGUCUUCUAUUAUUUGAUGAAGUAUCAAGAAUGGAUAUGUGGUGAGAUAUAAGAUUCUUGUCUGAUAGCCCUAAUAAUCUGGAUCAUCUCUGGUCUGUUUUUGAAUUUGAAAGUUUGUAAUUAUUUGUAUAUAUUUUCUUUAGGUAUCAUCUACCAGUACAUGUAAUCAGACAUCAUGCUGUGAGUCCUUACUCCAUAGUUUUGCCCUUAUCUGCUGAUUGUUUGGCCUUGAAGCCUGUGUCAGAUAUGCUGAGAAUAGCAUGGAACCUGUCAUGGUAUCAUGGGACUGAUAAUCUGUUGAAGCAAAGGAGCUCUGAAACUAAAACCCAAGAGUUUUUACAAGUGCUUCCUGCUUGUACCGAAGAUGAGAAACUGUUGAUAGAUAUCAUACAUUUUUUAAAUAAGUUAAUGAAGGAACAAAGAAAAAAUCCAUCAGUAGAACUUCUAAACUGGAUUUUAGAAAUACUUCUUAGACAUGAUAAUUUUUAUAUAGCCUAUGCUCAGAAAUGCUUGGAACUUCUUUACGUUUUCCAAACGCAGCUAGCUCUGAAGCUGCUCCAGUGUCUGAGAGUCACCAAUGCUCCUCAUUUCUAUGGCCUGCCUUCCCUUGAGCGGACGUUACGAGGGAUGGCUCACCUCACUGCAUUUCCGGGAUGGAGCUCACAUUCUGUUCUCACGAAGCCACUUGAAAUUUGUGUGAAAUACUUGUCAGGUCUCCUUGAGGUCAUUACUUCUUUUUAUGUGGAGCGUGGAGGAAAUGCCAUGUCCUUUAUGGGAAAAGGUGUUACAAAGAGUACAAUUCUUUGCUUGCUUCACUUAUCCCACGAGAUGAUGGCUCACGCUCAGAGCUCGGAGUGGAUGUCACUUUGGUUCUUGCCUUUGGGUAGUCAUAGUGAAGAACAUACUCCUACCCAACAAGGAUUGGCAUGGUUGAUUCCAUUAUGGGUUGAUCGGGACCCAGAGGUGAGAUUCACUUCACUGGGAUUAGGAUCAGCACUGACCUCCCUGGAAACUGGCUGUGUGGCCUUGGCAAACAGUUGUCAGAACAUUUCUGGUGGGCUCUGGGGAACUGUGGUAAACAUUCUUCUGGACCAGUCAGAAUGUAGUAUGGUGCGCCGGGAGGCUGCAUUUAUUCUUCAGAAUCUCCUUGUAAUUCCAAUGCCUACGGAAGUUAUAAAGGAUUAUACUUGGCAGGGUCCCUGUGUUCAUGAUGAGGACUCGGGCCUAUCGCUCGUAGGAAAACCUGCCCUUCAGGCUCUUUUAUAUCACUGCCGUUUUUAUGAACAUUUGAAUCAGAUGAUAAAACGUUGUUACCUAGGACUGUAUAUGUUUGGUUUGAAUUUUUCUGCUUUCAGUGGAACUUCAGAAGGCAGUGAUUUAAAUGGUUUGGAUGACUCGUUCAAGUUUUGGCAGGCUCCACCUAGGAUGUCCAGUCAAGAUCGUGAUCCAAGUUCUCUCUCCACCUCAGAAACAACGGUGACACCUUCUUUGGGAAGUGCUGAAUCUCAACCACUUGUGCCAUCAACAGCACUUUUACCGGAAGCCUCACAUGACCAGUUUGUGGCUCAAGGUCAGCAUGAAACUACAUCACCACAGCCUCCUCAUGAUUCAUCCCUUUCUGCUCCCCUGCCCAAGCAGUGUGCUGUGGUUACUCCACCUCUUCUUUCAGCAAUGUGCAGCCUCUUAGACAACCUCUUGGUGACUUCUCCAAGAGAUACCGCAAAUGCUUUUCGACAAGCCCAUCUUGUAGAGCUUCUCUGUAGCAUUGCAGAUACUACCCUCAUACAGGUAUGUGUCCAGGAACUCAAGACCCCACUGCCCUCAUCACCUCCAGUUGAACACACUCAGGCUCAGGUUUCCUUCCUCCUGGAGUACCUGUCCUCUUUGUCCAGGCUUCUGCAGUCGUGCUUAUUGGUAGCUCCUGACCUUGUGAUUCAGGAUGAUCUUCUGAAGUCUCUAAUCACUAACAUCAUUGGCAUUCUCACCAUAUGCACCAAAGAUUUACUAGAUACAGAGUUAAUAUCAGCUUUUUAUCACACAUGGACACAUUUAUUUAACCUCCUGGCCACACUCCUGAGGAAAGCUGGUGCCGUCUCUCUUCCAUUUAUUACCAUGGGUCUGUCCAAGCACUGGGCGGCAGUGAUUGAUAUGUUCUGCAAAUGUGUGGGCUUGUCUGUCACAUGCCCUACCCUCUUUACUGCCAGCCUGCAGUUCCUUUCGAUUCUCUUGACUGAAGAAGCAAAAAGGCGUCUUCAGGAUAAAGACAAAACCAGUUUAUGCCACAGUCCAACAAUGGCGUCACUUCUUGAUAAAGCUCAGGAAAAUCAGAAAUCUCUAGAACGACUUAAUGAAGAAAUUCUUCAGUGCUAUGAGGGAAAAUCCUCCAAAGAUAUCCUGAAAAGGGUUGCUGCAAAUACACUGAUGUCACUUCUGGCGGUCAGUAGAAGAGCACAGAAGCAUGCUUUGAAAGCCAAUCUCAUAGACAACUGCAUGGAGCAGAUGAAGCACAUUAAUGCACAACUGAACCUAGAUUCUCUGCGGCCUGGGAAGGCAGCACUGAAAAAGAAGGAGGAUGGUAUUAUUAAGGAGUUAAGCAUUGCCAUGCAGCUCCUAAGAAACUGUCUUUAUCAAAAUGAAGAAUGUAAAGAAGCGGCUCUUGAAGCUCAUCUUGUCCCUGUCUUGCACUCUCUCUGGCCUUGGCUUUUAAUGGAUGAUUCGUUAAUGCAAACUGCCCUGCAGCUACUUUGUGUCUAUACUGCAAAUUUUCCAAAUGGUUGCAGUUCUCUAUGUUGGUCAAGUUGUGGACAAUAUUCUGUUCAAGCUACACACAGAGGAGUCCCCAGCAGCUCUCUGAUGCUGUGUAUCCUAAAGUUGGCUUCCCAGAUGCCACUUGAGAACACCACAGUGCAGCAGAUGGUUUUUAUGUUUCUUUCAAACCUGGCCUUAUCUCAUGACUGCAAAGGAGUAAUUCAGAAGAGUAACUUCUUACAGAACUUCCUAUCUCUGACAUUGCCAAAAGGAGGAAAUAAACAUCUUAGUAAUCUGACUAUUCUUUGGUUGAAGUUACUCCUAAAUAUAUCGUUUGGAGAAGAUGGGCAACAGAUGAUUCUGAGGCUUGAUGGCUGUUUAGACUUACUUACGGAGAUGAGCAAAUACAAGCAUAGGAGCAGCCCUUAUAUUCCUCUUCUUAUUUUUCAUAAUAUUUGCUUCAAUCCUGCUAAUAAGCCCAAGAUCCUGGCUAACGAAAAAGUCAUUACUGUGCUAGCUGGCUGCCUGGAAAGUGAGAAUCAGAAUGCUCAGAGGAUUGGAGCAGCUGCACUUUGGGCUCUGAUUUACAAUUACCAGAAGGCAAAAACAACUUUGAAAAAUUCUUCCAUCAAAAGAAGAGUAGAUGAAGCAUAUUCCCUAGCAAAGAAAACUUUCCCAAACUCAGAAGAAAACUUUCUAAAUGCCUAUUAUUUGAAAUGUCUUGAAAACCUCGUGCAGCUCCUUAACUCUUCCUGAGUGCCCGAUGCUGCACCCUGAAGCUGACAGCCACCAACAGGGAAGCUAAACCUGAAGCCAGCUUUGUGUAGCAACUGUUACCUGAAGACUUGCUAACUCUCUGCAAGGUGUUAACCCCCCUCUUCCGUACAAGAAGUAGAACUGGUGACACCGCAAUGCUGUGCAUACACAGCAGCUCUUCUGAAGUAAUAGCAGCUGACAAAAGGUGAUGGAAAAAGGCAUAGAAAGUUCUGCGAUCGUAAAUAUUUUUACCCUUUUCAUAUGCAAUUUCUUAUUUAACACUUAUUUAAUAAAACACAAUAUUUUUAGAAAC